AUGCCUCGUCAGUCUAUUUCAAACCGUCAGAGGGCCACUCUUAGGGAGCAGCACCGUUUACGCCCUCAGGCAACGCAAAAGCAGCUUGCCGAUUGGUAUUUUGAGACCUAUGGGCAUCGUCCAACGCUAUCUACCGUCUCAGUGAUCCUCUCCUCUAAAUUCCAGUCUCGAUACUGGAGCGACCGCGCACCUCUUGAACGCGAAGCGCUGCCGCGCCUUGCGUUUGGCGAGACUCCGACUUCUCAGGAGAUCAUACGUGAAAAAGCGCGCUUUUUCUGGAAUCAGUUACCGGCGUACGAAGGAAUGGAAAUGCCGAUAUUCAGUAAUGGCUGGUUAGCACACUUCAAAAUCCGUGCCUUGCAAAGCCCUGCCGUCCAAAGCGCUAUCGUCCAAAACCCUACCUCCCGAAACCGUCAAUCAAUCUGGAAUCGAACCCUUUCCGGUGAAGUUGGAAGUACGCCGGCAGCUGCAGCCGAAGCUAUGAUUCAAAUUCGACAAGUUCUCGAAGCGUACGAUCCAAAGGAUAUCUUCACUUGUGAUGAAACUGCACUGUUCUGGAAACGGCUUCCUGAUCAAAGUCUUGCAGCUGAACCUUCACCGAGACAAAAGCAACAAAAGGCUAAAAUCACAGCAUUAUUUUGCUGCAAUGCCGAUGGCUCCGAGAAGUUACAACCUUGGUUUAUCGGUACAGCACAACAGCCCCGUGCUUUCACCGCUGCCCACAUCAACAUCAAUAACCUCGAUCUUCGGUGGAAAUCUAAUAUGAAGGCGUGGAUGGAUAGCAAGCUCUUCGAGGAGUGGCUUCGAUGGUUCGAUCAGCAAAUGAUUCAUCGAAAAGUGGUACUACUUAUGGACAAUUUUUCUGCUCAUGAGCCUGCCGUACGAGCGACGAUCAAUGAGUUUCCUUCGCAAUUGCAAAAUACCUUGAUCAUCUGGCUUCCGGGAAAUUCAACAAGCCGGUUUCAGCCACUAGAUCAAGGUAUCAUCCGAACCUGGAAAGCUCACUGGAGACGCGAAUGGAUUGAAUUCAUGCUGGAUGAAUUUGAUAAUGGCCGGGAUCCAAUCCAAUCAAUGAAUGUGCUAAAAGCACUACGAUGGGCAAUUAGUGCCUGGCAAUUUGGUGUCUCUGCUGAAACAAUCAGUACUUCUUUCAAAAAAGCACUGGGUUCUGAGUAUCAGUCGGAGACUAUACAACAGCCGUUGGCCACUGAACUCAGCGCCGGUCUAUCUGCAUUGAGGCUUCGAAUGUCCAAUCCAAUGAGCCUUGAGAGUUUUCUCAAUCCUCUGGACGAGAUCGUGCAGGAUGACCAAGAUACAUUGGAUAAUAUUGUGCUAUCUCAAUUUCACUCUGAAUUUGACGAUGAUGCUGAUAUCCCCGAAGCUCCCUUGAUCAGUGCGGGGGAGGCUUUACAAGCAGUCGAAACUGUCCUCUUGUAUGAGCUGCAGCAGGAGCAGGGUGAUAGGGAGGCCAUUCAUUACCUUCAGAAACAACAAGGGUUGUUACAGGCCAAGAUUGAUGCGCAGAAGCAGAGAGAUAUCCGCGCCCUUGAGCCUCCCACACACCGAAUAGGGGCGGGUAAGCCGAAAGCGGCGAAAGGCACAGCAGAUAUUAGGUCGUUUUUUGGAUGA